AUCCACUCCCUCCAUCUCCCUCCACUCAUUCCCACCACUUUUACUCCAUACCAGAAGUUCACACAUGAAGAUAAGCUUUCUCUCGCCAAAAACCAUCUAAACCAGCAAAAGCAACCCCUAAACAAACCCGCUCUUCUCCUCUCCCUCCUCUUCCUCUCCAACUCAUCCAUCACCAGCCAUGUCUUGCUCCAAUUUAACAAUGUGGGUCUCCUCAAAACCUUCUCUUUCCGACUCUUCUUCCCUCUCUUUCCGCUCCUUUCUCAGCCCUUUUCAGCUUCCUUCCCAAAACUCACCCAUCUCCUCCAACCCCUCCAGAUCCUCUUCUUCUUCUUCUUCGGUCACCCCAAUCCACUGCGGUCUCCGUGAGCUCCGUGGCCGUAUCGAUUCGGUGAAGAAUACCCAGAAAAUUACAGAGGCUAUGAAGCUUGUCGCAGCUGCAAAAGUCCGUAGAGCUCAAGAAGCCGUCGUCAAUGGCAGACCCUUUUCCGAAACUCUGGUUGAAGUCCUUUACAACAUCAACGAGCAGCUUCAGACUGAAGACAUCGAUGCCCCUCUAACCAACGUUAGACCCGUUAAGAAAGUCGCCCUCGUCGUCGUCACCGGCGAUCGGGGUCUCUGCGGGGGUUUCAACAAUGCGAUUAUCAAAAAAGCAGAAGCCAGAAUCUCCGAGCUUAAAGGUCUUGGUCUCGAUUACACCGUCAUCAGUGUUGGUAAAAAGGGCAACUCUUAUUUUCUUCGCCGGCCGUAUAUUCCGGUCGACAAGUUCCUCGAAGGCGGCUCUCUUCCGACCGCCAAAGAAGCCCAGGCCAUCGCCGACGACGUUUUCUCUCUGUUCGUCAGCGAAGAGGUAGACAAAGUGGAGCUUCUCUACACCAAAUUCGUCUCCCUGGUGAAAUCCGACCCGGUGAUCCACACUCUGCUUCCGUUGUCACCCAAAGGUGAGAUCUGCGACGUGAACGGAAACUGUGUGGAUGCGGCGGAGGAUGAGUUUUUCAGGUUGACGACCAAGGAAGGGAAAUUGACGGUGGAGAGAGGCGUCGUGAGAACAGAGACGGUGGAUUUCUCUCCGAUUUUGCAAUUCGAGCAAGACCCAGUUCAGAUCUUGGACGCUUUGCUGCCUCUGUACCUCAACAGUCAGAUUCUGAGGGCGUUGCAGGAGUCAUUGGCUAGCGAGCUCGCUGCUAGAAUGAGUGCCAUGAGCAAUGCGACUGACAAUGCUAUGGAGUUGAAGAAGACUCUGUCUAUUGUUUACAACAGGCAACGCCAAGCCAAGAUUACUGGAGAGAUUUUGGAGAUUGUGGCUGGUGCCAAUGCUUUGGAAUAGAGACAACUCUCUCUCUCUCUCUUUCUGUAGGUAAUUUUCCAUGGGUGGUGUUUUCAAGUAUUUGUUAAACAAAUUAUGUAUUAUAUAAUGUUUAAAUUGUUAAUUUUAGAAAAAAAGAAACUUUUUUUUUUUUUACACUUGGGGAAAUAUUGGUCAUUGUAUUUCUCAACUGCGUAUGAACUUUGUGCACAAAUGAGAAGUGCAAUGUAUUUUGGAACAAAAUCAAAAUUGGAGCUAUUCAGCUAUCGA